ACAAGAAUUUGGAACAUAAAAUCCAGUCAAUUCUUAAUCUUCGAAGAGGUUGUAACUAUCUUAAAUAACCGCUUUAUUUUUGGCGCGAAGUUGUUUUAUAGUUAUGUUUAAGGAAAAAUAUUAAAAAGUAGUGAUCUAUAUCUAUAAAUUACACACGAUUAUUGAAAGAAGAUUAAUUCGUAUUAUCUAUUUUAUUAUUAAUAUAAUAUGGAAGAUCCAGUUACUGCACGUUUAAAGAAUUUGGUGGUCAGCAGUAAUGAAGCUUUGGAAUUUAAAUUAGUACGUUCUGUUGAAGAUUUAGAAAAUGAUCAAAAUACAUUUAAACCAGAAAUGUCCCAUCAAGUAUUUGGAGAUAGUGAAUCUAUAUUUGGUUACCGGGAUCUCAGAGUAAAGUUAUAUUACUCAGCAGGUUGUUUAGAAACAUAUUUAAGUAUGAGUUAUUCAGAAAAAAUAAGUAAAGUACUUUAUGAGGGUGUCAAAGCUGACGAAGUAUUGCCUAACAUUGCCGAGAAAUUAGCUCCACAAAUACAUACCAACAUAGAUGCAUUUAUUGAAUCUUUAAAGAAAGAUGAUAUAUUUAAACCUCAUGGUGAACUGCUACAUUCAUUUUCUAUCAGUGAUGAAAAUUGUACAAGAAAAUUUGAAGUUUAUAAAGCAGACAUGACUUAUAACGGUUUUAAAGAAUAUCAUCAACGUCUCCGUACAUUUGUAUUAUGGUACAUAGAUGCUGCCAAUUUUAUAGACAUUGAUGACGAGCGGUGGCAUUAUUUUAGUAUGUUUGAGAAAUAUCUAACAGCAGAUGGUACUGCUCGCUAUGCAACUACUGGUUUUGCUACUGUAUAUCAAUACUAUGCAUACCCACAUCAUAUUAGACCUCGUAUAGCUCAAGUUUUAAUAUUACCACCAUUUCAAAAUAUAGGUCUUGGUACACGUUUGUUACAUGCUAUUUACUGCGAAUAUACUGGAAGAAAUCAAGUCAAAGACAUAACAGUUGAGAACCCUUCCGCGACGUUUCAACGGUUAAGAGAUUAUGUGGAUGCAAUGAAUUGCAGUAAAUUAUCUAGUUUUUCACCAGAAUGUCUACUUCAAGGUUUUAGUAAAACGAUGGGUGAAGAGGCUAAAGAAAAAUUCAAGAUUACUAACAAACAAGCUCGCAGAGUAUACGAAAUUUUAAGAUUACGGGCAACAGAUUUAGCAAACGAGCAAGAAUAUCGUAGAUAUAGAUUAGAUGUAAAAAGGAGAUUGAAUAUUCCAUACAGACGCGAACAAAAUGAUUUGUUAAAAUUGGAAUGUGCGUUGAAAAACAUUGAUAAUCGUACGAACAUCACUCUACCUACAUUGGAACAACGUAUACAAACUCUUGACCAAGAAUACAAAAGUUUAGAAGAAGAAUAUAAGAAAGUAAUUAAACGUUUAGAAAAUGCGGGAGAACUUUGAAAUUUUAUAUUUUUUCUAUUUUUUAUUUUUAUUAAGCUACCUGUGUAUGAAACGAUUGAUACUGCUUGAAUAUGAAUUAUCAAAGAAAAUCUUUUUUUAUUGACUCAAUAAAAUUUUUUUUUAUUAA